CUAAUUGAAAUUUGAUCAUUAUUCGUUCAUUUAGCAUAGCAGCUAGUUACAGUAGUGUCAAUUUCUAUAAAUUUCGCAUAAUCAAGAACCAUGAAGACUGCUUUUUUGCACUUUUCUGCUCUUCUAUUUUUAAUUUCGUGUAUUAUAGCUAUUAAUGCAGAUAAACACGACAAAUAUUCAAAGAAGGCAAACUAUCAAGAGUCUGAAACCUAUAAUUCUGAUUUUAGAAAUCUUCAAAAACCUUUCCGAGUAGCUAAACUUAAUUUAUUAUGGUCAAAGGCAGUUCACCGAUUGACAGAGCCGAAGCUCAAAUCAUUAUUUACAGAAUUAAAGUUGCAUGACAAGGAGGAACUGACAUUCAAGCAUCUAAAAAGUGAAAAGCCGAAAGAGUUCAAUGAUGGACUCAAAGAAGCAGAUCUUCGCAAGAAAUUGAUUGGAAUUAUGUCAACUUAUGGUUUACUGGAAGUUCUUGACUUUGAUGAAAUUAAUGAUCCAGCAAAUCACAAGCACCAUAAGCCAAAAGAAGGAAAAGUCAAGACUGAUAAUUACAAGAAUAAAAGUUUAUUUAAAGACAAGAAAUUGAAUAAGUUAUGGGAACGUGCUGAGGUAAGCGGUGGCUUUACUCCAGAGGAAUUGCAGACAUUAAAAGAGGAGUUCCAGCAUCAUGAGGAAAAAGUUGAUUUUUAUUUUAAUUUGAUUGAGAAUCUCGACAAUACGAAGAAUAAGAAGGAUGAUGAUCAUCAUAAGAAUGCCAUUAAUGAGGAAGAAUUCGACACAUUCAAUGAAAUUGCAAUGAACGAUGAAAAUGAGGCAAAAGACAUUUAUCAUGAUCAGAAGCGCAACAAUAAGCAUGACGAGUACAUUAGUAAGGCAAAUGAAGUUAGAGACAAGCAUCGUGAAAUUCGCGACAACAUUGACCGUCUUGAAAGAAUCGUUGCACGUGGUGAUGAUGAAUCUGAUUUUAUAGAACCAAAAGUUCAAGGCUUAUGGAGAAUUGCACAGCAAAGUAACUUUUCAGCUGAGGAACUAGCAUCAAUGAAAAUUGAAUUGCAUCAUUUUGAAUCUCGAUUCUUAAAGCUUCGUCAGUUGCACGCGGAACAUGCUUUGACCAUGGAAAAGUUCAAACAUGUUAAGCCAGGUGACAAGCAUCAUGAUCACGUUGACGAACUCGAGUCUAAAAUUAAAAAGCAGUCUAGGAAAGUUGAGAAGCUACAGGACGAUAUUGAGAUUCGUUUAAGACGACAUUCUGAACUAUAAAUGUGAUGAUUAACAAUAAUUUGCUCAAACCUAUUUCUGAUGCCAAAAAAAGUCAAAAGAAACAAAAUGUUUUGUCACAAUGUUUGGGGUGUCCAUAAGUUGAUUUUGUAGGGAAUUUGAGAGUUUUAUGUAAGGUAUUUUUUGUGGCU